ACACACACACACACACGCACACACACACACACACACAUUAUGUGUGAUUUUGUCGAUAUGUCAUCGUCUUCAUCUUCGUCGUCGUCGGAGCCGGCGCCGUUCGGGCCGGCGGAUGUGGAUAAGCCUUGGGUGGGAUUUGGCACCGGAUGUAAUGGCCUACGCUCUGUCUAUCUCCGUCAACCUGGUGGCUACUCCGCCGAGAUUUAUGUUUAUGGAGGUCAAGUAAUGUCAUGGAAGAAAGGGGCAGAAGAGUUGCUUUAUCUCAGUAGAAAGGCCGUUUUCAGACAUCCAUUUCCGAUUCGUGGAGGAAUCCCAAUUUGCUUUCCUAGGUUUUUCAAUGAUAAAAACAUGGAGCAUCAUGGAUUUGCUAGAGUCAGAUUAUGGAGUAUCGACGCUUCCCCAAAUGCCAAUACCUCCCCCGAUCGGGCUUCUACUGAUUUAAUUCUCAUGCCAAGUAAAACCGACAGGCCUAAUAAAUUCGAUUACCGUAUACGGAUUAUCCUGGAAAGUAACGGAGAUCUAACGAUGAUAUCCCGUAUACAAAAUCGUAAGGGUAGUGGGAAGCUUCUUACAUUCCACUUUUCCUAUCACACCUACUUCUCCGUCUCCGAUAUCAGUGAAGUUCGGAUUGAAGGACUGGAGAAUGUCGAUUAUCUUGACUAUCUGCAGAACAAAAAUCGAUUUACUGAAAAAGCCCAAGCAAUCACUUUCGACUCUGAAGUGGACAAGGUAUAUCUCAGCACACCGCAUAUGAUCUCCGUUAUAGACCGUCAAAUAAACCGAACUUUUACCAUUCAUAAAGAUGGUGCUCUUCCCGACAUUGUUGUGUGGAAUCCGUGGCGUACGAAGGCGAAGGAAAUAUUUGAUUUGGGAAAUAAAGAGUAUAGAAACUUUGUGUGCGUUGAGGCGGCUGCUGUGGAGAAUGCAAUCACGUUGGAUCCGGGUGAGGUGUGGACCGGGACACAGCGUCUUUCUGUUCACCACUGGACCGAUUCCGAUGUACUGCCAGAUCCUGGGAAUAUUCUUUAGAAACUAUAAGAAUCUGAUUUGUUACUUACUAGUUACUACAUAUAUA